AUGAUCUCCGUAGUAAUCAUUGUUGAGCUACUGGUGGAGUACACAAUGUCUCUCGCUAAACUCACCGCUGGGAUUCUUCCAAGGAGGCAAGGCGACGAAAAUUUCGUAAGGAUUGGCAAUUUCUCUGUGUAUUGUCCCCCUAGGUCCUCGCCGGUUCCAGAUUUCUCUUCGCAUCUUGUCGAUUUCUGAUAACAGCUGAGAUUUUUUUUUUCCCUUUUGGAUACUGAUCAGACUAGAGACUUGUAAACAAUGUAUCGUAUCGAAUUAUAUAAUACUAGAAAUUAUGAUUAUGACAGCCUUUUUCUUAACUUAUGAUAACUGAUCAUCUGUUCUGUUGUGUCCAAUUGGUAAUUGUCUCGACCAAUGAUGAUUUCCAAGAAUUGACCUCCUUUAAAUUCAGUCACAUUUUAUAGUAGAAUUCUUUCUAAAGAUAGACGGUGAAAAGAACAACUUUACUGAUAUAAAUAAAAUUUCAUAUCCAUUUUGGUGAUACGGACUCCAAUUUUGUAGAAAAAUAGAGGGACUAAAAUGAGAUAAACCUAAAAGGAUAAAACAAAUAGAAUGUUCUAAAACCAAGUAGACAGGUACAUACGAACUGAGUAUUUAUUUAUAUACUUUAUUGGGUAAGUGGUAUAUGAAAAAGCAGCAGCUAAUGGUAUAUGCCGUAUCGGUAUUGUGUGCGUAACCACCAUGAAUUUUGUCUUGUCACCAAAACUGUGACAGUUCUGUCUGCAACGCAUGACACGCGGCAAAUUACUAAAGAGUAGUAAUAAAAUAAAGAAAAGGAAAGCGAUAUACGUGUGCAAGUAGUAGGUCUUGAAACCACUGUGAGCUUUAGGUUUUGUCGCCUAUAUAAAGAGAUCUAUACAUGUAUGAUGUCUCUCACUUCCAAACACCAUAAGAGAUAAGUGAGAGACUUCUAGAUUUCCGGCGACAACCGUUAUUAAAAUUUUCUUAUAUCAAAGAAUGAUUUCUGUUGUUAUAAUCACUGAGCUACUGGUUGAGUACACGACGGCACUAGCGAAACUCACCGCUGGGAUUCUUCCGAGACGGCGAGGAGACACUGACGUGAUACGGAUUGGUGGUUUCUCUUUGCGUUUUCCUUCAAGAUCGACACCUGUUCCAGAUUUCUCUUCUCAUCUAGUUGAUUUCUGAUCUGCGCAAACCCAACGUUCUCAGAUCUCAAUUUUGUGUGUUUCUCCGGAGCUUUCGAGGAGAUUGUGGCUUUGUUUUGAAGAAACUUUCUCUAGAUUUUGUGUUGAUUACUUGAUCAGAGCUUUGUAUAAUUGUAUCGAGUUAUUACUAGAGACUAUCGUUUUGAUUAAUCUUCCAGCGUUUCUUAAUUUUGAGAUUUCAGUCUUUUGUAUCUGUAGAGAACGUGAUGAAGAGAUGAUGUUUUUUUUGGCUUCA